AGGAGGAACUGGACAAACUCUCAGUGCUCUUGUAAAGAACUCAGGCUGACUGUUUCAUCCGAAUUGAACACUUAGAGGUUUUCAGCUGAGGAGGAGGUGAAAACCUAUUUUUACGACUUACCAUCAAGAGGAGAGCUACAUGAUGUUCCUGUGAUGUGAGUUGUUGGCACCAUCUCAGCCCCUCAAGAUAUUCAUGGGAAAAAGCUGCUGAGGGGAAGGACCUGAGGGGAGAGGACGCCAGAGGAGCUUUUCACCAGGAGAGGAUGAAGACAUUUCUGUUCUGUUCAUGGAGCAUAAGCGAUAACAGCUUCAUUUGAGGUUGAAUAAACAUUUUUCUUCCAGCUUUCUGAGCUGAGCAGGUGCUAAGAGGUUGCAACAGUUGUUUGGAAGUUGUAGUAGAUGGAAGUUGUGCUUGAGGACAGGAGACUGAGCCCAGUGGGUGCUCAGCUGCAGCUAUGGUCGUUGAGGCGAGGUUUCCUCCUUUCUCAUCAGUGAUCCUACCGUUUGUGUCAGCAUGUCAGUUUCUUCUGCUGCUUCGAUCCUCUAUAUCAUCCUGGAGCUGCUGAUCGCUGUGUUCUCUGUGCUGGGGAAUGUGCUGGUCUGCUGGGCCGUGUGCCUUAACAGCAACCUGCAGACCAUCACCAACUUCUUUGUGGUGUCGCUGGCCGUGGCUGACAUCGCGGUUGGUGUCCUGGCUAUUCCCUUCUCCAUCGUCAUCAGCAUCGGCUUCUGCUCCAAUUUCUAUGGCUGCCUGUUCAUCGCCUGCUUUGUGUUGGUCCUCACUCAGAACUCCAUAUUCAGCCUGCUGGCCAUCGCUAUGGACCGUUACAUCGCAAUCAAGCUCCCACUCAGGUAUAACAGCUUGGUAACAGGAGAGCGGGCUCGAGGCAUCAUCGCUGUCUGCUGGGUUUUAUCCAUCAUCAUUGGUCUGACCCCCAUGAUGGGCUGGAACAAGCAGUCCCCAAAGCAAAACAAAAAUUGCCCUCAAAACCUGGUGGAGUGCCUGUUUGAGGAGGUGGUGGUCAUGGACUAUAUGGUCUACUUCAACUUUUUUGCCUGUGUGCUGAUUCCUCUGCUGCUGAUGUUGGCCAUCUACCUGUGCAUCUUCAUGGCCGCUCGGCACCAGCUCAAGCUGAUGGAGGUGAAAGCUCUUCAUGGAGAGAGGUCUCGCUCCACCCUGCAGAAAGAAGUCCAGGCUGCAAAGUCUCUGGCCAUCAUUGUCGGGCUGUUUGCAGUCUGCUGGCUACCUUUACACAUUAUUAACUGUUUUACCCUGUUCUGUCCCAAGUGUGCUCGUCCUCCUGCUUCGAUCAUGUAUGUGGCUAUUAUUCUUUCACACACCAACUCAGUGAUCAACCCAUUUAUCUACGCCUACCGCAUACGGGAGUUCCGGCAAACCUUCAGGAAAAUUAUCCGGCGCCACAUCCUAGGCCGGCGGGAGAUGUUUGAGAGUGAGAGAAGAGUGCGUAACUCCACUCAGACCAGCAUCACUGACUCCAUCAGACUCAAAGCAAACGGCCUCAGCAUCGACCUCUUCUCUGAACAUAGCAGCAGCAGCAGUGAGAGCUCCUACCGCUGCCCUGCUCAGUUAUCUCCAGUGGGGGGCGGUCUAAUGGCAGUGUCCCACCCCCCUCUGUCAGUGGUCAUUUCCCACUGUCCAAAGAUGGGCUCUUGUCCACUGCAUGCACUCAGACAGGCUCAGACUCCCACAGGCCAAGAUCAGCAGUAUACAGAGCAGCAGCAGGACUGUGCUGGACCAGAAGUCGAUGAAGAUGAGGAGAAAGAGAACCUUGGCUCAGCCCAGGUCUCAUCCCUGUUAAACAAGCAGAUAAGUAAGAGUGGCUUCAGUGAGCUAGCAAAGGCAUCCUGACAGGAGUCAUUUUAACUGAUGUAAAGAAGCUCCUCAGUUGAAGAUCAGCUGCUAUAAUAACACUGUGCAGAGAACAAAUGUACAGUGCCUAUAAAUAAAUUCACCCUCUUGGAUUUCUUACCCCUUCAUUGAGUUUAUAAAUCAAUCAUGGCCCACAGUAUUUGGCUUUUUUGACAAAAAAAAACAAACCUUUUUUAAUGUCAAAGUGAAAACUGAUUUCUACAAAUUAAUUUCAAUUAGAUAAAAAUGUUAUGUAACUUAAAUGACUGCAUAAAUAUUCAUCCCCAUGUCAGUAAUUAGUAGAGUCUCCUUUCGCUGCAGUAUCAGCUCUGAGUCUGUGUGGAUAGGUCUCAGUCAGGCUUGCGCAUCCUGACACGGCAGUUUCACACCAUUCUUCUUUGCAGAACUGCUCAAGUUCUGUCAGGUUGCACAGGGCUCAGGUAUGAACCGCUCUUUUCAAGUCCAGCCACAAAUUUUCUAUUGGAUUGGGAUCUGGGCUUUGA